AUGAAGAGAUCGGUGUUGUACUGGUUCUAUGGCGGAGGCUUUGAAACCGGGACCAUAUUUUCUGUUGCAAAUGAUGUGAGAUAUUUAGCCGUUUUAGGGGAUGUGAUUGUAGUGACAGUGAACUACCGGUUAGGCCCCUGGGGUUUCAUGUAUGCCGGCACCGAAGACGCGGCAGGAAAUAUGGGUCUAUACGACCAAUUGCUUGGACUUAAAUGGGUUAAUAAAAAUAUCGAUAAGUUUGGCGGCGAUCCCAAGUCUAUAACAAUUUUUGGUGAAUCUGCAGGUGGUAUGUCUGUCGGAGCCCAUGUCUUAUCACCCCUUUCCCAUGGUUUGUACAGAAGGGCUAUUAUGCAAUCGGGUUCUCCCAACUCAUACCUGGGCAGCGAAUCCAAAGAGAAAGGUUACGCAAAGACACUUCAUUUGGCCACAAAACUCAACUGCAGCACCGCCUCGGGUGCGGACAUUGUCGCCUGUCUUAAGCUCAAGACAACUGAUCAGAUUUUAAACAUCUCCAAAAUCGCACGAUUAGAUUCGGCUACUUUUGAGCCCAUUUGGGGCGAAGAACUGAUGCCAAUUGAUCCGAAACUCGCGCUACAAAACGGCGACUUUAAUAAAGAAAUAGAUCUCAUGUUUGGCACAGUUAGCGAAGAGGGGGCCCUCUUUGUGGAGGCCCUGUUCCGCGACAAACUAAACCCCGAUAUAGUGAACCCACCCAUUAAUGUAACCAUAUCUCAUCAGAUCAUUCAGUUUAUGUAUAUGGCGUUCAAGGAGUCAAUGCAAAUGGGAGGAGUCGUCGCUGAUUUCUACCUUAAAGGACUCAAAGAUAACGAUUUUGACAAAUUGAGACAAGCGAUCGGUUAUGGGUUCGGCGAUUAUCAUCUCACGUGUCCUACUGUGCUGUUUGGCCAGGAGUUUGCCAGACAUAGCACCGGCAAUAAAGUGUACGCUUUUCGUCAGACAUUCCCGCCGGCGAUACCGGUGUUCCCGGAGUGUCGGGGAUGGAUGGGUGUCUGUCACGGCGACGAUGUCAUGAUGUUAUUUGGUUUCCCACUUAAACUCAAAGGCAUUACUUUCACCGACAAUGACGUUAAACUGAGUUUGGAUAUGAUUAAGACGUGGUCUACGUUUGCGCGCACCGGAUCUCCACCACAAUUGGGUGCCGACAAAUGGGAGGAAGCGGUUGAUAGAAAAGUUGCCGACUCUCACGUAAAGUACAUGGAUUUGAAUCCAAAGUCAAACUAUCCGUUGGUCACCGACUACUAUAAGGAGUCGUGCGAAGACUUUUGGGCCAAAACUUGGGGUUACAAGAAAUGAGAGACCAAUGAAUUCAGCCG